CCAGACGGAGAAGGAAACUGGUACGCCUUUCCCGAUUCCCUCCCUCCAAACCUAAAUACUCAAGAUUAGGUUGCCGAAUGAUCUGGUGAUCGAUCCUCUCCCUAUCCUUGUUGCUUGAUAUUGACGGCUUCUGUUGUUGUAAGAAUAGAGUAUUGUGAGGGUUUCCGGAAGAUGAAUCGCCGGUCGUCCGUUUCGUCUUCUACGUCGGCAGCGAUGGCCUCGUCGAAGAGAACAGAGGCGAUGGAGGUUUCAGCCAAGUUUACGGCUGCCAGAGCGGCGCAGGGGAAGAAGAGGGUCGCUCUUCGGGAUAUCAGCAAACAGAGCAAUGUGUUACGCGGUACUCCUAGCCUAGUAGGCGCUAAGGGGGCCAAUACCAAUGCUACAAGAUCAAUUUCAAUGGUCAAGAAGGGGUCUUGCACUACUUAUUGUGAUUCAAGAUUGAGUCAAACCUCUUCAGUUCUUUCAGCUUCUAUCAAACCAAAUGCUAUUGAAUCUAGCAACAAAAGUUCCCUGCCACACAGCAGUGUGUCUAAACCUGCAGUUGUUACCUGGCUAGUACCUUGCACUGCCCUCAAGUCACCUAACUUUUCUGGGGAUUCUGUUUCAUCAAUGUCCACAUGCAACUCAAUUCAAAGCCCUGAAUUUGAGUAUAUAGACAAUGGAGAUUCUCAGGCUACAACUUCUUUGGAGAGGCAAGCAAAUGAGGAUCUAAUCAUCUCUGAGCAUGUAGCUGUAGCAGAGUCAAAAUCAAAGAGUAAUGGUUCUAUGCUGAUGGAAGUUGAAGUUGUGGAAGUUGAUACAAACCACAAUGAUCCUCAGUUUUGCACUACACUUGCUUGUGAUAUUUACCAAAAUUUACAGAAAUCUGAGACUAAGAAAAGACCUUCAAUAGAUUUCAUGGAAACAAUUCAGAAGGAUAUAACUGCAAACAUGCGCUCCAUUCUGAUAGAUUGGCUUGUAGAGGUUGCAGAAGAGUAUCAUCUCGUCCCUGAUACACUAUAUCUCUCUGUUAAUUACCUUGACAGAUAUCUUUCUGGAAAUGAAAUAAACCGAGAACGAUUGCAACUUCUUGGUGUUGCGUGUAUGCUAAUUGCAGCAAAAUAUGAGGAGACAUGUGCCCCGCAAGUGGAAGAUUUCUGCUGUAUGACUGACAAUACAUACUCAAAGGAUGAGGUUUUGCGAAUGGAAUCGGAAGUGUUGAAUUACUUGAAAUUUGAAAUGACAGUUCCGACUACCAAGUGCUUCUUGAGGAGAUUUGUUCAUGCUGCUCAAGGAUCCAAUCAGGUAACUACAUUGUUUGCGAAUGGUCUUUUUAGUUUCUACAUCGGAACGAAGAGUUCAUUGUCAUAUUUGUUUUUCCAGCUGCCUCUAUUGCAACUUGAGUUUCUUGCCAGUUAUGUUGCAGAGCUCUCAUUACUCGACUACUCUAUGCUUCGCUAUGCCUCAUCACUGGUAGCAUCUUCUGCUGUCUUUUUGGCCAAGUUCAUAUUGCAACCAGCGAAAAAACCUUGGAACGCCACGCUGAGCCAUUACACGCUAUACAAACCUUCGGACCUUGCAGACUGUGUCGAGGCAUUACACCGACUAGUCUGCACUAGUGCAGGGAACAGCUUGCCUGCUAUUAGAGAAAAGUACAGUCAGCACAAGUAUAAGUUUGUUGCCAAGAAGUACUGCCCUGCUUCCAUCCCUUCAGAGUUCUUCCAAGAUAACUUUCAAGACAUCACAGCCAAAGUCCAGGAAUUGAGUUCAGUCUCUGCGUGACCGAUGAUGAAGGUUGCUCGAUGAUGAAUGCUCGCAACAAGAUGUGAAUAGGGUGUUCAUAUCCUUUGAUCUAUAAGAUACACUGUUGCAAUUGAUCUCCUAGAAAUAAAUAGAAAUUGUACUACUGAUCUUGUGAGAAUGAGCAUUUUUGUUUGGGUCUAGCCGAGUUGAUACUCGGGCAGAGUUUACUAUCAGUGAGGUAUGAUUCGAUUGCCGAUAAAUGAUAAGUGUAAAUAUUAUUUUGGAUUAUUUCGUAUCUCCUUGCUC